UCCAUGGUAACCGUCCGAGAACCAAGUCAUUUUCAGAGAGGCUCAGGAGGAGGCUCCCUCCACCUCCGGCAGGGCGUGGUCCAAUGUCGGUCCCAAAGUUCAUCAAGGGGACGAGUCCUAUUUUCAUGUUUCCCAGGAAGAACAGGAAGGAAAGUCGAGGCUUGGCUAACAUGGAAGGACUUAAGGCAAGGAUGACUUGCAAAUUUUAAAAAAGAGCGUCUGAAACAGGAAGUCAAGGCAGUGAAGGGAGCCGCAGCCGCACUGAGGACAGUGGACUAAACGUUUCAGGGGCUUCUCCUACCCGUCGCUCAGUGGCUUAUUGCCCGGCGUGGCCUUGGGGUGAGCAGACAGGGCUGGGCCCUGCAGCCACUCUCCUGAAGACCCGAGAUGGUCCACUGCUGGAAUCAUGGGAAUAUCACCCGUUCAAAGGCCGAGGAGCUGCUCUCUAAGACUGGGAAGGAUGGGAGCUUCCUAGUGAGGGCCAGCGAAUCCAUCUCCCGAGCCUACGCUCUCUGUGUCUUGUUUCGGAACUGCGUCUAUACCUACAGGAUUCUGACCAAUGAAGAAGAGAAAUUCACUGUCCAGGCAUCCGAAGGGGUUCCUGUCAGGUUUUUCAUCAGCCUGGACCAGCUCAUAGAAUUCUACAAGAAGGAGAACAUGGGCCUGGUAACCCACCUACAAUACCCUGUCCCCCAAGAAGAGGAGGAGGCUGGAGAUGAGCUGGAGGAAGAAACAGAAUUCUUCAUCUCACCGCCCGAGCUGCCGCCCAGGAACCUUCCCCUAGCACCGGGCUCCAGCGAGGUCAAGGAAGUUGUUCCCCCGGCCGAUAAUUCCCGAGUCAUGGAACAGAGCACGUUAUCGCUGUCUGAGACACUGCUGCAGCGCCUGCAGGGCCUGGACACCAGUGGGCUUCCCGAAGAGCAUCUGAAAGCCAUCCAAGAAUACCUGAGUACUCAGAUUGCCCUGGAUUCUGAAUUUAUGAAGACAGGCUCCAAUAAUCUCCCCAACUUCAAGAAGCUAAUUAUGGUUCUCUGCAAAGAGCUCUACAGUGAAGUUAACAAGACCCUCCCAUCCCUGGAGUCCAUGCAGAAGUUGUUUGAUCAGCAGCUGUCCCCCGGCGCCUUGCCCCGGCCUCAGGUGUGUGCAGAACCGAAUCCAGCCAACGUAAUAGCCAAGCUUAGCCAGCUGACCAAUAUACUGUCCUCUCUUGAAGAUAAGGUAAAGACAUAUGUGGGAGAAGGUCCCGAAUCCACACAUAGGAGAUCACUCAUCCCUCCUGUCACCUUUGAGGUAAAAGCAGAAUCCUUAGGAAUUCCACAAAAAAUGCAGCUUAAAGUUGACGUUGAAUCUGGGAAACUGAUUAUCAAGAAAUCCAAGGAUGGCCCUGAGGACAAGUUCUAUAGCCAUAAGAAAAUUUUACAGCUCAUCAAGUCCCAGAAGUUCCACAACAAGCUCAUCAUCGUGGUGGAAACAGAAAAAGAGAAAACCUUGCGGAAAGAAUAUGUGUUUGCCGACUCCAAGAAGAGGGAGGGGUUCUGCCAGCUUCUCCAGCAGAUGAAGAACAAGCAUUCCGAGCAGCCCGAGCCCGACAUGAUCACCAUCUUCAUUGGGACCUGGAACAUGGGUGAUGCUGCUCCUCCCAAGAAGAUCACGUCCUGGUUCCUCUCCAAGGGGCAGGGGAAGACCCGCGAUGACUCGGCGGAUUACAUUCCCCAUGACAUCUAUGUGAUCGGCACCCAGGAGGACCCCCUGGGCGAUAAAGAGUGGCUGGAGAUCCUGAAGCACUCCCUGCAGGAGAUCACGGAUAUCAGCUUUAAGACAAUAGCCAUCCACACCCUGUGGAACAUCCGCAUCGUGGUGCUGGCCAAGUCGGAACACGAGAACAGGAUCAGCCACAUCUGCACCAACAACGUGAAGACCGGGAUCGCCAAUGCUCUCGGUAAUAAAGGAGCUGUGGGUGUGUCCUUCAUGUUCAACGGAACCUCCUUGGGAUUUGUCAACAGCCACUUAACUUCAGGAAGUGAAAAGAAACUUAGGCGGAAUCAGAACUACAUGAGCAUCCUGCGCUUCUUGGCCCUGGGGGAUAAGAAGCUGAGCCCCUUCAACAUCACUCACCGCUUCACUCACCUCUUCUGGCUGGGAGACCUGAACUACAGACUGGAGCUGCCACCCUCGGAAGCAGAGAACAUCAUUCAGAAGAUCAAGCAGCAGCAGUUCCCAGAGCUGCUGCUUCACGACCAGCUCCUCAUGGAGCGCAAAGAACAGAAGGUCUUCCUGCACUUUGAGGAGGAAGAGAUCACCUUCGCUCCCACCUACCGCUUUGAAAGGAACAACCGAGAAAAGUACGCCUACACUAAGCAGAAAGCCACUGGGAUGAAAUACAAUUUACCAUCUUGGUGUGAUCGUGUGCUCUGGAAAUCCUACCCCCUUGUGCACGUAGUAUGUCAGUCCUAUGGUACCACCAGUGACAUCAUGACAAGUGAUCACAGUCCCGUCUUCGCCACAUUUGAAGUAGGGGUCACCUCACAGUUUGUCUCCAAGAACGGUCCUGGGAACGUGGACUCCCAAGGGCAGAUUGAGUUCCUGAAGUGCUACGCCACCUUGAAGACAAAGUCACAGACAAAAUUCUACCUGGAGUUUCAUUCCAGCUGCCUGGAAAGUUUUGUGAAGAGCCAGGAAGGAGAGAAUGAAGAAGGAGCGGAAGGGGAGCUGGUGGUGAAGUUUCUCGACGACCUCCCCAAGCUGACCCCUAUCAUCUCUGACCCUGAGUACCUGUUGGACCAACACAUCCUCAUCAGCAUCAAGUCAUCAGACAGCGAUGAAUCCUAUGGUGAAGGCUGCAUUGCUCUGAGAUCUGAAGCCACCGAAUCCUUGGUUCCCAUCUACACUGCACUCACUCACCAUGGAGAGAUGAUGGGCCACUUCCGGGGGGAAAUCAAACUGCAGACUUCCCAAGGGAAAAAAAGAGAGAGACUCUAUGACUUUGUGAAGACAGAGCGAGAUGAGGCAGCUGGGCAGAAGUCCCUGAAGAAUCUCACUAACCAGGACCCCACAAAACACUGGGAGUGUCCCCCCAGAGCUCAUUUCAGCGGGGCCAACUUCACAGAGAUCACCAACCCCAAUUACCUCGGGAUGGGACAUUUCGGGCAGCAGGUGCCCCUCCACGGGAAGCCGGUCCUUCCAACUGAGUCGCAAUCCACUGUCUGGAGCUAUGAUCAGCCUCCCAAAGACACCCCCCCGAUUUCCAGCUGGGGAGAGUCUCCCCCAACCCCACCUUCACAGCCCCCGCUGUCUCCCAAAAAGUUCUCCCCCUGCCCGGCAAGCCGAGCUCCUAAUCUCAGGACCCAGGAGCAACUGCCCAGCGACUUGGGGAAGACCGUGGCAGACCCCUCGACUACGGAGGAACAGCCGACGACAAAGCCAGAGAUGUUCGAGAACCCGCUGUAUGGAUCUGUGAGCUCCUUCCCUAAGCCGGCCCCCAGGAAGGAGCAGGAGUCCCCCAAGAUUCUGAGGAAGGAACGACCCGUCUUUGUGGAACCCGGAGCCCCGUCUCCCUCCGUCAUCUUCCUGAAGGCCCCCGAAGGCGAGAGCGGCAAGCUGGCCAGCAAGGCCAUCUCGGCCCCUUUCCUCCCUGUGCCCAGGAUGCGUUCCUUCACGUGUUCUUCCUCCGCCGAAGGGAAGGCCCCGAUGGGAGGGGAAAAGACCCAGGGGAAGCCCAAGCCUCUCACCCCCUCAGAGACCCCGAUCCCAGCCAAGAGGCCAGUCAAGCCCGCCAGGUCCGAAAUGAGCCAGCCGGGGACCCAGGGACAGAUAAACAGGCCUCCUCUGCCCGCCAAGAGUCCGGCCGUGUUACACCUGCAGCACUCCAAAGCCCGGGACUACCGGGAGACCUCGGAGCUCCCGCACCAUGGCAAGUACUGGCCGGAGGAAGGGCCUGUCAGCAGGACGUCUAUGCAGUGAGCGUCACCGGGCAGGGUGAAAGAGAAAGUGGACAAGCCUCCCCCACACUCUCCAAUCUGAUGUUCCCGAUGUCCUUUGCAAGGCUUUUUGUUUUCAAGACAUGAACUAGGCUCCUCAGGGGCCCCUGGAUUGCACUGUUGGUUGCCCGAGUGGAAUUGUUUGUGCUGAAAAAGGAAAGAUCUAGAUGGACCCCGAGACACCCCAGGGAGCCGGCUGCCUCUUGCAAUUCCAAGGGGCCGUUGAUGAUGCUUUAGAACUGGAUCUGGUAGCCAGCCAUCUCCAAAGGAGAGACUAAGGUACAAAUGAGAGAAUGGAUUCUCUCUUGGCAAAGCAGACACCAGGCCUGAGCUUGUACUGGGCAAUGAUUCCCUCGUGGGCAAAGCAUGCUUGGAUAUGACUAGGGCAGGUCAAGCAGCAGAACAAAGAACAAAGCCUUGGGGACCAAACCCGGUGAAGAAUCUUGAUGCUGUCCCUUCCAGAAUGUUUGUUCACAGUCACUGACUUAGGUACAAGGCAGUUUGCCUUUGGGGGUCAUGGAGUCACCAAGUGACCAAAUCAGGUCUUGGGCAGAUGGACUUCUUGUUAAAGCGGGGGACAAGACAGCGUUUAAUUUAGGUUAGCAUGCAAUGCAACGGAUUCAACGUUAACCCCAAGGGACUUCUCUGGGCGGGCUUGGCCGCGGGGGAUGCUAAGGCCCAUCUCAUUUUUCAGAAAUCUUUUCUUAGGUUCAUUAAGCACAAGGAGGUCUGGGAGCUAACUUCUUCCUGUUCUUCCAGAGACAGAGCCUCCGAGGCCUAUUUCAUUACCUACUAGCAUCCACUUCUACUCUGUAACUCAGUUCAGAGGUGGGAGCCUUCCGCGGCGCUUUAGAAUGAACACAUCUUGUUCGGGGUCCCGGACUCUCGCCUCCUAUCUCUGUAACUGUCUCAGGAAUACACGUCUUCUCUCUUUGUGGGCCGAGGGGGUAACUAUUUGGUGACUCCCCCUCCCCGUUGAAUCUUAUUUUAAAUGAAAAAAAAAAUAGCAGUGUUGGAAACCAAGAUUGUGUGCGUGUGCGUGUGUGUGUGUGUGUGUGUGUGUCUGUGUGUCUGUGUGUGCAUUCUGGUAUAUCCAUGGGUCAGUUUUGUAUAGAACUUGUUAAUAAAAUUGGCUUUUCCCA